AUGGUCACGAUCACAUUGUACCUUAGUCGAAGACUGAAGAUGCAAUUUCCAUCAUCAGCCAUGAAUAACGUAUCAAGAUUCAAGUGCUCGAUCAUCAAUCAUCACAUUACUUCAUUUCCCGUAUCACAAUUCAUCAUCUUUCUUCAGCAGCCAAGUUUCAUUCACAUGGCAGCAACUGAUUGGAGAACAAGGCCAAGUCCAUUGUCGACUGAUCAUCUAAAUACAGUCAGUGAUUUCACCAGGUACUGCUAUGAAAAGGAUCUUCCCAAGGCAAUGGAGGCCUUGGACUCCAUGCAAAAAAAUAAACUCUGGGCUGAUUCGAUCACUUACACUGAGCUGAUUAAAUGCUGUAUAGCUCAUUGUGCUAUCAAGCAGGGAAAACGAGUCCACCAGCAUGUUUUCUCCAACGGCUAUGAGCCGAAAACUUUCCUUCUGAACGCACUAUUAAACAUGUAUGUAAAAUUUAAUCUGCUUGAUGAAGCAAAGUUUUUAUUUGAUCAGAUGCCCGAGAAGAAUGUAGUUUCUUGGACGACCCUUAUUGCUGCCUAUUCUAAUUCCAAUCUUCAUCACAAGGCUUUGGAGAUGUUAAUAAAGAUGCUUAGAGACGGCGUUAUGCCGAACAUGUAUACAUACUCGUCGGUUUUGAGGGCAUGCAAUGGAAUUUCCAACUUAAAACAAGUCCACUGCUCGACAAUCAAGGUGGGACUUGAGUUAGACGUUUUUGUCAGAAGUGCCUUAAUCGAUAUUUAUUCCAAAUUGGGUGAAUUGAAACCCGCACUUCACAUAUUUAACGAGAUGUCAACUUCAGAUCUUGUUGUUUGGAACUCCAUAAUCGGUGGGUUUGCUCAGAACAGUGAUGGUGAUGAAGCCCUCAACCUAUUUAAAAGAAUGAAGAGGUUCGGUUUGUGGGCCGACCAGUCUACUCUAACAAGCGUCCUUCGUGCGUGCACUAGUUUAGCACUAUUGGAACUCGGCAGACAAGUUCAUGUUAACGUUGUUAAGUUUAAUCGGGAUUUGGUUUUGAACAAUGCUCUUCUAGACAUGUACUGUAAGUGUGGUAGCUUAAAAGAUGCUGAUAGCAUUUUCAAUCGUAUGGUUGUGAAGGAUGUUAUCUCUUGGAGUACAAUGAUAAACGGCUUUGCCCAGAACGGGUACAGCCAAAAGGCUCUAAAUUUAUUCGAAACAAUGAAAGCUUCCGGUAUGAGGCCGAAUUACAUUACAAUUUUGGGAGUUCUUUUUGCUUGCAGCCAUGCUGGCCUGGUUCGAGAUGGUGAAUUUUACUUCAAAUCGAUGAAGACACUUUUCGGUAUUGAUCCUGGACGAGAACACUAUGGGUGCAUGGUUGAUCUUCUUGGACGUGCAGGGAAAUUCGAAGAAGCUAUGAAAUUAAUUCACGAAAUGAAAUGCGAACCGGAUGCUGUGACGUGGCGAACUUUACUGAAUUCUUGUAGAGUUCAUCGUAACAUGGAUUUAGCCGAGUAUAUAGCGAAGAAAGUGUUGAGCUUAGAUCCUCAUGAUGCGGGAACUUAUAUACUUUUGUCAAAUAUUUAUGCCAAUACUCAGAGAUGGGAAGAUGCGGAAAAUUUGAGGAGGUCCAUGAAAGAAAUUGGGAUAAAGAAAGAACCCGGGUGUAGUUGGAUAGAGAUCGAUAAACAGGUUCAUGCUUUCGUUUUGGCGGAUAAAUCCCACCCGAGGGCGAACGCCAUUUACCAGGAGUUGCGUAAGAUUAUAUUGAGAUUAAAGGAAGAGGGUUACAUGCCGGACACGAAUUUUGUCUUGCAAGAUCUCGAAGGAGAAGAACAGAUGGAAACUUCGCUUUCUUACCACAGUGAGAAACUGGCAAUUGUGUUUGGCACGAUGUGCUUGCCUAAUGAGAAGACGAUAAGGAUUCGGAAAAAUCUGAGGAUAUGUGGAGAUUGUCAUGUGUUCGCAAAACUGGUGGCGAAAGUUGAGAAUCGGAGUAUUGUUAUUCGGGAUCCUAUUCGGUACCAUCAUUUUCAGGAUGGAGCUUGCUCUUGUGGAGAUUAUUGGUAG